AUGCCAUCUCCUCUAGAUUGUGUUCAAAAUCUGAAUUGCUCUGACACUCUGUCUAUUGCCAAGCACAUUGACACAAUAACCAUAUCUGCAUUUAACAUUGCAAGGUAUCAUGCAAUAGCAAUUUUCGCCAUAGUGUUCUAUGACAUUAUUAUUACACUAGACCAGGAGAAUAGAUACAUUGGAGUAAUUGGAGCAGUUGCAAAUGUAAUAACUAAAACUAGAUUUUCUCACUAUAGCUUUAAUAUCUUACUUCUCAGAGUUGUAGCUCUCUAUUAUAAUAAUAGAAGGCUGGAAACUGUUCUCAAAGUAAACUUUGCUGUAUCAAUGAUUGCUGGUCUUGGACUUCUAGUCUAUUACUAUGUACCCAUGAAUAACACAUAUGGGCUGUUCACUAACAGUAUUACAAUGUGCACCACUCAAGGAAGCUUUCAUAAACAAUUUGUGCAAGUGAUUCUACACAUCGUUCUAUUUUGUGUCGCGAACAUUAUCUCCUUGUCAGCCUCUGGAUUGAAUCCUGCAAUUGCACUCCUUAUCAACUUCAUGGGUAGCCAAAGUGCACUGAGCAUUGUUGGAAAUCGACUUCUGAUCAAUCUCAGAGAGGCUGUGGAGAAAAGUGCAAACGGGUGGAUAACUGACGGUAUUGGGACAAUCAGUGAGAUGCAGUUUUCGUAG